UGAAAGACUGUGCCAUUACUUUGUUCAGUUGAUUAAUUAUUUUCUUUUUCUUUUACAGGUGACUUGAAAAUUGAAGAUUAAAAGCUGCAUUUGCUUUAAAUGAAUACUAAACAGAAAUAAAUGAGAUGGAAGAUGUUUUUAUUGCAUUUUGUGGCCUGGCCCACAAUAAUUACACCUACCAACCAAAUGAAGAGUCUCACAUUAAAGACAUUUGUUUCAGUGAAGGUGUAAAUCUUCUCGUGCAUCUGGCAUUUGUGUUCUGCACCCUAAUUGGUGUGGUUGUGGUUAAGUGCAGACACCGUUCCAGUACAAGAUUUCCUACAGGUUUGAGAGGCUGGAUACAUUUUCCAUGUCACAAUGCUCGAUGGAUAUUAACAUUCUUCUACAUUUUUAUAUCUGUCUGUGUUGUGGGAGAUGGCAUCUUAUCACAAUUGUAUUCAAAGUUCAACAGACCGUUUAUUUAUGUACCUGAUGCAGCACAGCUAGCUUCUUGUGUCCUUUCCAUAGUUUACUAUGAUGUUGCUGAAAGUGCAAAUGUUCCUAUGCUGUUGGUGCUUUUCAUUUUUCACUGGCCUGCCGCCUGUAGCAUUAAUGUGUUGAAGGCAUAUCAGAUGUAUUCGCAGAGAUUCAUCACUAGUGAUCUGACUUUUCUCCUUGACUGUACCUUGGCUUCAAUCUAUGGAUUCUUCCUCAUCCUGGAACUCAGCAUAUUUUUUAAAAAGGGUUACUAUGGUCCAGGGUAUUCCAGAGAUAUCCCACCUUUAGAAUUACAAGACCCAGAAAAUAAAUUUCAUCAGUCUUAUGUCAAUGUUUUGUCACAGAUCACCUACACGUGGAUUUCAUGGCUUUUAAUAAGUGGCUAUCGGGAACCAAUCAAGAUGGAAGUUCUAGGAAAACUCCCUCAGGAUGAAACCGCACAGAAAAAUUUUGAUUUAUUAAAAUUGAAUUAUGAUAAGCAAAAGGAAAAUAUCUCUUCAGGAACAACUGAUUCAAGAAAUCUAGGCAAAGUAAUUUGCAAAACUUUUGGGAGACCUUUCCUGCUAGCAGGAAUUUUGAAGCUUUUGGGUGAUCUAGCAGGAUUAGCUGGGCCUUUCUGCAUUGAUGGUAUUCUGAGAUUUGUGGAAGCAGAGCCAAAAGAAUUGGUGAAGGAAAUCCAUUUUGUCAGUUUCUGGGAAUUUACUAAUAAUGGCUAUGUUUUGGCAUUCUUGAUGAUGUGCACAGUGCUCUUUCAGCACCUCUGCUUGCAGAUGUCUUAUUAUAUUGUUAUUCGAGAUGGAAUACGCAUAAGAUCAAGUCUGCAGACAAUGAUUUACGUGAAAACGUUGUCACUGCCAGUGCGGGUCUUCAAUGGUGAUCAUCUGACGGUGGGCCAGAUCAUCAAUCACAUGUCGGUGGAUGCUUUUCAAAUAAUGAUGGUGGCAUUUAUGGGAUUCUAUGUCAUUGCAAUUCCAAUACAGAUUAUAUUGACAGUUCUGUUGCUCUAUCUGCAACUGGGGUAUAGUGCGUUGAUAGGAAUCUCUAUCAUUAUAGUGCUCACCCCUCUUCAGUACUAUAUCGCAAAGAAAUUUCUUUCUAUUCAACAAAUAACAAUGGAGUGUACAGAUGACAGGAUCAAGAAAUCCCAUGAAAUGCUGCAGAACAUAAAGCUUUUGAAGCUUUACUGUUGGGAAGGGAUCUUUCUCGAGGCUAUUGAAAUGUCAAGGGGGAAGGAGCUGAAAUAUAUGCUGAAAGGAGCAUUUUAUGUGAUUAUGACAUUAUUCCUCACCCAAGUGACACCUGUUUUAGCAACUAUAGUGACGUUCAGCAUCUAUACUAGUUUGAGUGGAUCACCAUUGACUGCUAAUGUGGCUUUUACAGCACUAGCACUUUUUGAUAAAUUUAAUGGUCCACUCAUGAUGUUCCCAAUGAUUGCAAAAAUUAUCGUGAAUGGAAUUGUUAGCAUUCGUCGAUUAGUAUCUUUCUUUAACACUGAGGAACUGAAACAAAUUACGGAAUCUGAUAUUGGCCAUAAAGAUACCGAAUACCAUAUAAACUCUCCAGACUCAUCUAGCAAAAAUGGGUAUUUGCCUGUUGAAACAGAGAGAAACGAUGUUGAUCACUUUAACAACUGCAAUGAUUCAUCAGACUGCCCAGACAAGUCUCAUCCAGACGUAAUUAAUUACUCGCAUGAAUCAACGCUUGAAUGCAAUCCAAAGGAUGUUGAACUCCUUCCCAAAUGCAGUGCAAGCAGUAUACUGGAGAUCCACAAUGGCUUUUUUGCAUGGGAUAGCCAUUCUGAAAAAUCGAUUCUUCAGGAUAUCUCAUUAAAAAUUUUCAAAAGUAAUGUUACAGUUAUUGUAGGCAAGGUUGGGAGUGGAAAAUCAUCCCUUAUCUCUGCCAUAUUAGGAGAAAUGAUCCGUGUAUCUGGUCAUGUAGUAUGGCGAUCAACUGAUCAACCUGUGGCAUAUUCGGCACAAACAGCAUGGUUGAGAAAUGCCUCUCUACAGGAUAACAUUGUGUUUGGAGAAAGCUUUGACGAAGAACGUUUUCAGACCGUGAUUGAGGCCUGUGCACUUCAACCUGAUAUUGCCAUUUUACCAGCAGGGCAGCUGACAGAAAUUGGAGAGAAAGGGAUUAACCUGAGCGGUGGGCAGAAACAGCGUGUUAGCAUUGCACGAGCACUCUAUUCAAGGUGCCCUUUCGUAAUAUUGGAUGACCCUUUAUCAUCCUUGGAUGUACAUGUGGGAAAUCAGGUUUUCCACCAAGGGAUCUUGGGGAUUUUAAAGAAAGAAGGCAGAACUGCUAUCAUUGUAACACACAAACCGGGGCUGGAAUAUGUUGAGGAAGUUGACUAUGUAAUUGCUAUGCUGGAUGGGAAGAUUGAAAUCCAAGGGACCUACCAGAAGAUAUCUAAACAGAGACCAGAUUUGAUAACAUUUUGGAAAAAUAUGACAUCAAAAGAUGACCAUAAAGGUAAAAUGACAGAAGAAGCGAGAGUUCAAAUGGUGGCUGAACUUUCAAUAAUGGAAAAAAAGCCUGAUGAUAAUUUAAAAGGAAAACUGAUGCAAGAAGAGGAAAAAGAAGAAGGUUCUGUAUCCAUAAAAAUCUAUUGGCUUUAUGCCCGUUCCAUUGGUCUUUUCUUUUCAUUUUUAUUAAUUCUUACAGUGGCAUCAAAGCAAAUCUUUCUGGUAGCUGUUGAUUUCUGGCUGGCAGAGUGGUCAUCUUCAUUCAGAAACCACUCAGAAACUGACUCUCAGGAUGAAAAUAAUGUGGAAGAUGAUGUUUUCAAUCAUUACCUCAAUGGAUACCUUGGGCUGGCAUGUGGAGGAAUGUUGUGUGCCUUGUUCAGUUCCUAUACACAUGUCAUUUCAGGUAUCCGUGCCUCAAGACAUCUCUUCGCGAACAUGCUGCACAAUGUUACAACCCUUCCAUUAAGAUUCUUUGAAACAACACCUGUUGGAAGAAUUUUAAAUAGAUUUUCAUCUGAUUUCAAGACCAUAGAUGAUCAGAUUCCCAUAAACCUGGAAAGAUUCAUGACACAUGUUAUGUGGUGCCUGAGUGCCAUUGUGAUCAAUGUUGUUGUGACUCCAUUUUUUCUACUUCCAGUUAUUCCAUUACUUGUUCUCUAUUAUUUUCUUCAAAUGUUUUUUAGAGUUUCCGCCAGGGAACUUCAGAGAUUGGACAGCAUCACCAAAUCACCCGUAUUUGCACAUUUUUCGGAGACACUCGGGGGUCUGACAACUAUCAGGGCGUAUAAACUUAAAGACAAGUUUUUUCAACAAAUUCUUGACAAGAUUGAUUGUAAUACUGUUGCUUUUUUAUAUCUGAACACCAUGAACAGGUGGCUGGCUAUACGACUGGACGCAAUUGGAGCAACUGUUGUUUUUGCUUCAGCAGUCUGCACAUUAUUGACAGCAACACUAGGUUACUUACCAGCUGGCCUCGUCGGCCUUGCUAUUGUAUAUGCUUUAAAGAUGUCUACUUACUUGAAUUGGUGUGUCCGGGAAUUUGCUGAUAUGGAGAUGCAUAUGAAUGCGAUAGAAAGAGUGAAUCACUACACCACCCUUCCGUCUGAACAGGAGUCUGAAGAAUCACAAAUUAGCAUAGAUUUUCUUUUGGACUCAAAUCUCACCAACUGGCCACACUCUGGAGAGAUAGAGUUUAAUGAGGUCAGUGUACGAUAUGAUAAGAAGCUUGAUCCUGUCCUGCACAAACUGACAUUUAAAAUUAACCCUGGAACAAGAGUUGGAAUAUGUGGGCGAACUGGAAGUGGGAAGUCAACUCUGACAUUAGCCCUUCUGAGAAUUAUUGAUAACUUUGAAGGCUGUAUAAAGAUUGAUGGAAUAGAUAUUUCCUGUGUGACACUGGACCGUUUAAGGAAAGCAAUAUCAAUAAUUCCCCAGGAUCCUAUUCUGUUCAGCGGUACUAUCAGAUUUAAUUUGGAUCCAUACUCGAUUCAUAGUGAUAAAGAAUUGUGGGAUGCUUUGGAAGUUGCACAGUUGAAACCUUUGGUCAGUGAGCUUCCAGAGAGAUUGAAUGCCCUUAUAGCAGAUGGGACUGAAAACUUCAGCCAAGGACAGAGACAGCUUUUCUGCAUCGCCAGGGCCAUUGUCAGGAAAUCAAAAAUUACACUCAUGGAUGAGGCCACGGCAUCUGUUGACAUGGAAACUGAUGCUGCCCUUCAAAGUGUUAUUUCCACUGCUUUCACAAAUAGCACAGUACUUAUUAUCGCUCAUAGAAUACAAACUAUUAUGGAUUGUGACAGAAUUCUAGUUAUGGAACAAGGAAGGAUUGUAGAAGAUGGAGAGCCAAAAUACCUGCAACAAAAUGACAAUUUAAUUUCUAGACUGGUCAAGACAACCAAAUGACCAGAUAUUUUGCUAAACUGCUCAAAACAUUGUGCAAGUAUGGACUCAUUACAAAAAAAACACAAGGACAAUUAAGUGUUUUUACAUAUUUUAUUAGAAUCAUUGAAUCCCAAGUAAGCGGAGGGGAAUUUCAUUCUGGUGCUCAUUUGAUGGAAGUGGUAGAUUCAAUUUCCCACAAUAUGGUUUACCCAUUAAUGGAUAAUUUGGGGUAAAAUAUAAAGGUGACUUUAUGAAAACCUUGAAUUCAGUGUUGAUAUGUGAUUAAAUAUAUUUAUACAUUUGUUUCUUUUGUGGCCAAUCCUAAACAUGGUGCUGUUAAAAUUACCUGCCAUCCCACUUGUAUACUGUGUAUCACUUGAUAAUUUACCAGGACCAGUUGUGUAAAAUUAUAUAUCCACUAUUUACUAUUAGUUCAAUAAAUGACUGAGACUUGAUUAGUGUUUCUCUAUUGAAUAUAAUGUAGCUCCUGCUGAGCAAGGUAAAUGAAAUUGCACUGGAAAAUGUUACAGUUGGUAAAUGUUUAAUAAUAAUGAAACAGUGAUAACUCUUGUAGUAUUAACAAGUAAAGAAACUUAAACUUUG